AUGGCGUAUUCCCCCAGUGACCUCGCAGUCUGCGAGACAUGCGGAACCCAAUACGACGUUCCUCUCUCACAGCAUCCAGAAACAUGCCGCAUCUGCGAUGACCCGCGCCAAUACGUGCCGGCGUCCGGCCAAACCUGGACGAGCCUCGCAGCGUGUCAAUCAGUUCAGAAAAACGUAUUUGAAACCGAUGCUCACGACACGCGCAUCCACUACAUUUCCACGCGGGCACUCACGCCCUCGGAACUGCCACCAGGCCUCGCAGACUCCAGCACCACGCGCAAGCAGCUCGGCAUCGGGCAGCGCGCGAUCCUGCUGCAGACGGAAAAAGGCAAUGUUCUCUGGGACUGCAUAGCGUUUCUAGACGGUGAAACGAUAGAUUUUGUAAAGAGCAAGGGCGGCCUCAGCGCCAUCGUAAUUAGCCAUCCGCAUUUCUACACGACGCAUCUGGAGUGGGCGGACGUCUUCGCGUGUCCGGUGUAUGUGUGUGGCGAGGAUGAGGAAUGGCUGAAUCGCGAGGAUAAGAGCGGGAAAAGGAAAUUGGUAGCUGGGGUGACGCCGAUUCAAGAGGUGCAGGGCUGCGUGACCAUGGUGCAGUGUGGAGGCCAUUUCGAGGGGAGUAGUGUGGCGGUUUGGGAGGGAAAAAUGUUUAUUGCGGAUACGUUUAUGACUGUGCCUUCAGGCUUCAACAACGCCCACCGCAUCCCAGAUACAACAUCCUACUCCUUCAUGUGGGCCUACCCCAACAUGAUCCCCCUGACUCCCGCCGCCAUCCACGGCAUCUGGAAGGCCAUCAAGCCCUUCGAGUUCGACAGUACCUAUGGCGGGUUUUCAGGCCAGAAUCUCAGUCGCAAGGAUCUCAAGGCGCAGGUGCUGGAGAGUAUGAAGAUUUUUCUCAGGAGAGGUGGACAUACCAGCGUUCCGCUUUUCGAGGAGACUGUGUAGCAAGCGGGCAUACGUCAGAUUUGGGCG